AUGACUUCCUCGGCAACGGCGGCACCUUCGGUGCCUCCAUCUCUCUCACUUCCUCCUUCACAAUUCGCUCGCCUUCAACCACACGCCUACCUCCUCGCUCAUCUUUCCCCACCACCAGCAAUGAACCAACCCUCCGUCCGAGCUAAUGGCCGCGCUGCUUCCCAAUUCCGAGUCACAUCAGCCAACGCAGGCUCCUUGACCCACACAAAUGGCAGCGCCGUGGUGCGCAUUGGUGACACAGCCGCCGUGUGCGGUGUCCGCGCCGAAUUGCUACACACCGAGGACAUUGCAUCGUGGAGCGUAUCUCAGUCUUCGUCCGCUACCAACCAAUCCAGUGAAGCUGGUGGCCAAGGGACUGACGUCGAAAACGAGGAGGAUCGCGCUCAAAUCGAAGACCUCAACUUGCUCGUCCCCAACCUUUCCUUGAGCACCGGCUGCGCACCGGGCUUCAUUCCCUCCGCCCCACCUUCCGCGCUGGCUCAGUCGCUUUCACAUCAGAUUUUGUCGCUUCUCCACAGCACACGCCUCGUCAAGGCGGACGAUUUGCGUGUUUGGUACCAACCGCCGAAUCUAGAACAUAAUGAGAAUGAGAUGGAUGUGGAUGGCGGCAGUGAGAACCGCCACCCUCGCGAGAUUAAGGCUUUCUGGGUACUCUACAUUGAUAUCAUGAUCAUUUCACUUGCGGGCAAUGCUUUCGAUGCGGCCUGGGCCUCUGUUCUGGCUGCCCUGCGCGAUACAAAAUUGCCCAAGGCCUGGUGGGAUGUGGAUAACGAGACUAUUCUCUGCUCGGAAGAUAUCAACGAAGCUCACAAGCUUUCUCUGCGUGGUAUGCCAAUUGCCAGUUCUUUCUGUGUUUUCGAAGCCGACGCUGCUGCGGGGUGGCGAGCUAUUGUUAUUCCGGAUGCCGAGGAGCAGAAUGCAGAGAAGCAAAAGAAGAAGGGCUCCCAGAGCAGGUGGAUUCUUGCUGAUCCUGAUGGAUACGAGGAGGGUUUGACAAUGGAGAAGGCUUGUGUUGUCGUUGAUAAGGAGAACGAGAAGACAGUCAUCCUGAAGAUGGAGAAACUUGGUGGUUGGACCAUCGACACAGAAGAUCUCCGACAAUUGGUGGAUAUUUCGGCGCAGCGAUGGGAUGAGAUGAAACAGAUACUAGGAUGA